UCGGUCUUGUCUUACUUAUCUCUGAUUCUUGCCUUAGUAAUCGUAACGAUCGUAACAUCGUAACGGUCGUAACAGCUGCUGACGUGAGUGUCCUUAAAUAUCUCGUCUGAGAAGUCCCUACAUUCACAAGAUGGGUAGGGAGGACAAAGCAGCUUGGAAAUCUAACUAUUUUACAAAGUUGGUUCAACUUUUGGAUGACUACCCAAAAUGUUUCAUCGUGGGUGCAGACAAUGUUGGCUCUAAGCAGAUGCAGCAGAUUCGAAUGAGCCUUAGAGGUGCAGCUGUAGUACUCAUGGGAAAGAAUACUAUGAUGCGGAAAGCCAUUCGAGGUCAUCUGGAACGUAAUCCUGCUCUGGAGAAGAUACUUCCUCAUGUGCGUGGAAAUGUUGGAUUUGUGUUUACACGUGGAGAUCUUGUGGAAGUCCGUGACAAACUAUUAGAGAACAAAGUGCGAGCCCCUGCUCGUAAUGGUGCCAUUGCUCCAUGCCCUGUCAUCAUUCCAGCUCAGAACACAGGUCUGGGUCCUGAGAAGACAUCAUUCUUUCAGGCUCUGUCCAUUCCCACGAAAAUCUCAAAAGGAACGAUUGAAAUUAUUAAUGAUGUACAUAUCCUUAAGGAAGGUGACAAAGUUGGUGCCAGUGAUGCCACCCUUCUCAACAUGCUGAACAUUUCACCUUUCUCAUAUGGCCUGCUGGUUCAGAUGGUGUAUGACUCAGGCACCAUCUUUGAGCCUGCCAUUUUGGAUAUCAAGCCAGAGGACCUGAGGGUCAAGUUCACAGAGGGUGUGGCACGUCUAGCAGCAGUUUGCUUGUCGAUCAGUUAUCCAACCUUGGCUUCUGCCCCACACAGUGUAAUCAAUGGCUUUAAGAACUUAUUGGCCAUUGCUGCAGCUACAGAUGUUUCAUUUAAGGAGGCACAGACUAUUAAGGAAUUCCUCAAGGAUCCAUCAAAAUUUGUGGCUGCUGCAGCUGCAGUGGCACCAGUGGCUGCUGUUGCUGCUGCUCCAGCAGAGUCCAAAAAGGAAGAGAAGAAAGAAGAGAGUGAUAGUGAAGAUGAUGAUAUGGGAUUUGGUCUCUUCGACUAAAUAGCAGUGUAACUUCUCUUUAACUGUGUAGCUCAAAAUUGGCAUGUAUUCUAGCAUGUAAUGUAGUAUUCGAUCUGAUAAUUUUGAGUGCGUUGGAGGCACGGCAAUGUUUGAACAUUGUAAUAAGAAGCUUUACUUUCGCAUGAUGAUAGUAUUGAAAAUAUUGUAACGUGUUUUGCUACUCAAGACGUCGUUCAGAUUGUUAAUUGGUUUAUUUAACAACCUACAAGUCUCGGCUACAAUUAAUUACAACACUUACGGGUUCACACAAUUUACAGCCCUAUACAAUAGUCUGUCCACUCUAUCCUCGACAAUGGGAAACGCCUCGCUUCCUUGUUGCCUAGUCGCCGUGUUUACAGGUGUUACUGGCAACGCUGUUAGGAGUUGUUUAUGGCUCCAUAGCAACCGCGGCAUCCCUUGGUCACAUCACCGCUGGCAGGGUAGGGGAAGGAGUGUUGACGUGCCUGUUACCCUAGUAAUGACAGCCGCUGCCAGGGGGAGGGGUUGUCCUCCAUAGUGCAACACGUCACAAUAUUAUGGAUAUACAUGCUGCUAACAGAAUGGGAUUACUUUCAGACUGAAGCUCCUGAAGCCCGAAUAAUACUGGUUCCAUCACCACAUGACCAGUAUUAGUGUGGGCAGUCUCAUGGCUCAUAUGGAAACUACACAUUGAAUGUCUUACUUUCUUCAAAGGCAGUUAAUGUUUCCUAAAUGAAAUACAAUAUAUUUACCUCAACUCAUUAAACAGUGAUUACAUCUUAUAUUCACAGGUGUUUGUCUCUAUUGAUUUCUCUCAUGAGUGACAUUUUGGAAUUUACUUAAAAUAUUCAAUAAACAUCUGUGUUCUUCAGGUCUUCCAAGUACAGUUAUGAUUAAAACCCUGCUUUUGUACGGAAGUGUCUGGAAUAAAUAGUCAUUCAGAAAUGAUCUUUGAAGGCUUGUUUAAUUUUGAGCUACACGAUGAUGAGAGCAGUUACUGUGCUCAUUCGUAUUUGUAUGUACUGUUUGAGCCAGAUUGUCAUUAAAGACAUUUAAAGUAU